AUGCCGGUCAUGGAUGGGUUAGAAUCAACCCGUAAAAUCAGACAUUUCGAACGCAGCCGUCAACUACCGCCAGUUACGGUAAUCGCCAUCACUGGUUUGGGGUCCCAAAGCGAUCGGGAGGAAGCUUUCGCCAGCGGACUGGAUCUUUUUCUCACCAGGCCGGUGAGGAUGGGGGAGCUUUUCGCUAUCCUGAAGGAACGCGGUCUUGGAGACCAAGAUUCAGAGGGUCGCAUGAACAAGGAGACGAACGCGGACACGGAUACGGGCACAGACACGACCACGACGAAGGCCACGACAGCGACCGCGACAUGAUAUAUGGGACAGCAAGGGCUCUGGGCAGGACGAAACAGAGACGAUACCCCACCGAACGGCAACAUGGGCUGGCUACCUUGGGCGCAGGUAGGAGUUUUUGGCGUUUCCGGAUCUUUUUGGGUAUUCCUUACUGGGGGAAAAGGAAAGGGGGGGAUUACUUUUUUUCGGUUUCUUCUUUUCUAUUCUCCCCCGUCACACUCCUGCGACGUGUUCGCAACUGCGGUUACUGCGGUUACUGCGCCCUCGGGUAUACGGGACGACAUUCUGGAUGGUGCCACGGUCUGGUGGUUGUGUGGUUGCGGGCAGUUGUUUAAACGGCAAAGAAUUUCUCGACAGGGGCAGCUGGUCAAGGAGAUGACGCCUCGAUGCGCGUCCUUUCGACCCGCAUUGUGUAUGAAUAUACUACAGCAAAACAGGAUGACAGGCAAUGGUCGACAUUGGCUGAUACAUCGAGGUGCUCGGCACGAACAUCAUACAGUAACCAUGGUUUUCAUACUGUCCAAGUAGCAUUUGAGUAGUCCCUGUGGCUGGUUGGAAGGCUUGAGUGAUGCUCUUUAACCACUAUUUUCUCUAGACCUAUUUCGUCCGCCG